ACAAAGAUGGCUACCUGAAAACAAAUAAACUUCCUGACAGGAUUUAGCGAGCAGUUCAGUUCUCAUAUCUUUUUUUUCUCUUUUUUUCGGUUUCAUAUCUAUUCUUUAUUCUGCUUAUUUACUCAUAUCUCUCUAAACUUUUUUCCCCCUCUGCGUUUUAUAUUUAAAAGCUUUGUAGGCAAACGUCCCAUGCAUCGCUAUACUACAGAAUAGUCACACACUUCUAACUAACUAACUAACUAACGCUUAGUCUAAUCAAAUUAGCGAUCAAUAAAUUGUCUGAUAAAAAAUGUUGGAGGAAUCUGAUCCAAAAUGUGAAAAUGGCAUCGAGCCCUCCAUGAACCGACACAAGCCAGCAUCAGAGAAAACUCAGGACAUUUCUCAUUUGCUGGCAAGUAUAUUCAAAGACCUGUACACGGCGGAGGUCAUUGGAAAAGACGCCGUUGCGAAUCUCACAAAAUCAUACAAGGGAGGAAAUGACCACCAUGCCAGACACGUAGAGGCACUUCAGCAAGUCCAUUCCAAGUACAAUAGUCGGAUUCAAGAUGCUGACAUGUUGGAGAAGCACAUCAUUCAGGCUCGGCUGAAGGCCAGUGUUACAGAGGAGCAUGUCCAGUCUCAGCUCAUGGAGGAGGGGGGAGAAUCCUACCAUCAGCUUGGCUUACCUCCAGUCAGGUCAUCCUUUAUGUGGUGUGUGGACAACAGACUCCUCAAGAGUCACAACCUGAUUUGCCCCCAGGACUACAUAACAGAGCAAGUACCAUUUGUCAAAGCUCCACAAGGGAAAUCUGUGCCUGGCUUUACUCAGCCAACUGUGUCUUACAACAUGCACACGUCCACCCAGCCCCAGGAUGACGGCUACACACUAAUCCCUGAGCCUGCUACAGCUCAGAGUCUGCUGGAGGAGUCAGAGGGGACGCUCACCCUGUCCUCCUCACAGGAGACUUUCUCUAUUAGUAGUGAUUCCUCUCAGAAGGUCCGCCAGGUGCCUAAACCUUUAGGGAAGGACAGGCUGAGUCUGGAGGACAAUGCCGCUUUACAGAAGUUUAAGAAGUGCCAAAACUUUCUGCGCAAUCCUCACUUUCAGCCUUUGAGUCAUCAGAGAGGGGGAAAAUCUCUCAUCAUGCCAGAGAAGAAGGUGGAGAUAGGGGAAAAGUGCAAGAAAGAGAGCUCUAGUCAUGAAGAUCCCGUGCCGAUUUUCAUCGCCAACCCACCUGUAGUCCUGUUCACCGACUACCAAAUCGGAGAGGUCUAUGAGACCACAGUGGAACUGAGGAACAUGACCGCUGCCAGCCGUCACGUCCGUGUCAUCCCCCCCACCACUCCACACUUCUCUAUUGGUCUAGGCAGGUUCCCCGGUGACGGAGGCAUCAUAGCUCCUGGUAUGAGUUGUCAGUACACGGUGCGCUUCGCUCCCGACUCUCUGGCCGAUUAUGAGGACUUCCUGGUGGUCGAGACACAGUCACCAUAUCCUCUGAUUAUACCAGUGGAGGCCCACAGACCCCCACCGGUACUCACAUUGCCUGCUGUCCUGGAUCUGGGCUACUGCCUGGUCGGAGGUGUGAAGCCCAUGAAUCUGUUGUGCCGUAAUGAUGGCUAUAGUGCUGGAACUUUCUGCAUUAUGCCCAAAAGACAGUGGCCUGCUUCGAGUCUCAGGUCUGCAGUGAAAGCCUGCUUUGCAGAGGAGCCUCCGUUUGCGAUCAGCCCCUCCCUGUUCUACUUGCUCCCAGGCCAGGUUGAGGUCAUGCAGGUUGUUUUCUUCCCCAUGACUGCUGAAAGCUUCGCUCAGAGCUUCACCAUCGUCUGUGACAACUGUCAUGUGAAGGAUUUCUCAAUACAAGGCACGGGUCAGCUGGUCAUGCUGGAGCUGGUGGCAGUAGAGGGCGGUGAGGAUGUGCCUACACUUGGGGAAAUGCGUGACCUGACCGCCGAUCAUUUAAUACGAUUCGAACCGACCAAUGCGCACUCUGUGCUCCGGAAAAAAGUGAUGAUCAAGAACAACACGCAUUUGGAGCUGCCGUUCCACUGGCGGAUCAUGAAGCCCAACCUGCAGUGUCUGCUGCCUGGAGAGACUCCGGAUCCAUCAUGCAUCCAGCAUCACGUUGCCACUGACGACGCCUUCAGCAUCAGUCCAGCGACUGGCCUGUUGGCUCCUGCACAAGAGUGUGUGUUCCUACUGACAUACAGUCCAAAUGAGUUAAGGGAUUAUCACAGUGUCUGUCACUUGGUCAUAAUGAACGUCCCAAAUCUGCAGAAUAUUCAUGACAAUAGCCAUACUUCUCAGCAGUCUGACUCGGUCGGUGAUGUGAUCGCAAUGGAGCUUGAAGUUAAAGGCACCACUGAGCCAUACAGGAUCCUGCUAGAGCCGUACGCCCUCUUCAUUCCAGGAGAGAGCUACAUACACACCACCAUCCGCAAGGGAUUUAAGAUGUGGAAUCACAGCAAGUCAGCAAUUUGUUUUCAAUGGGAGUGUAUCAGUGACUGCCACAGUGUUCAAGUUGAGCCCUCAUUAGGGGAAAUAGACACGGAUGAGUGUUUUGAUAUGGAGCUGGUUUUGACUGGAGGUCUACCCGGUUGCCUAACCACCACACUUCGGUGUCAGGUUCAACACCACCCAAACCCCAUAGUCUUGCCCAUAGAGGUCACGUUUAAGGGACCAGAGCUGUCUGUAAAUGUACCUAGUGUGGACCUGGGACUCCUGGAGCUGGGUCAAGAAGUCAGCACCACUCUACAGAUUAGCAACAGCAGCCCUUUAGAGGCCCAGUGGAGUCUGGAAGAGCUGCCCACUGACCCUGCACUCAACCAGGGACAGGUGAGUGUAGAGCCCAGUCAAGGUGUUCUGCCUCCUUCCUCUUCCUGCAGUGUGAAUGUGCUUUUCAGAGCCAUGUGCUGCCAAAGCUUCGAGUCUGUCCUGAAGCUUGCUGUGCUGAAUGGCACUGGAUGUCACCUGCCUGUUCGAGCAGAGGUCCAGUCCCCUCAGGUGUGUCUGCUGAACUCUCACAUGGUGCUUCCUGAUCUGUAUGUAGGAGUUGCACAGAGCGGCAAAGCAACGCUGUUUAACCAAACUCUACUGCCAGCACACUUUAUGUGGAAUAAGCUCCAGGGACCUCAGGCUCAUCUCUGCUCAGCCAGCUUUACUCCAUCCUCUGGCACUGUGGGGCCCAAUGAACACAUGGAGAUUAGUGUGUCCUUCACCACAUACACUGAUGAGGAACUGACUGAAGUAGUAGCUGUGUGUGAUGUGGAGGGAAUGGAGAGACCGCUUGUGCUCAGCUUCCACUCCAAAGCCAAGGGUCUGAGUGUGUCCUACUCUCUGCCUCAUACAGACCGUGCUGUGUCAGAUGUUACUGAUGAGCAGCCAGUUGUGUUGGACUUCACUAAAGACGAGCCAGUCUUUAUCGGCAAAUCAGCAAGCAGACAGCUGCUGAUAACCAAUCACACUGCAAUUUCAGCCUCUUUUCUCCUAGAGGCAGAGAUCUUCCAUGGACACCGGCCUACAGAAUCAGUCAAUAAGUCUAAAUAUGGAGGUCUUCGUGUGAACACACCUCUUCAGGUUAUGCAAGCCAAGAAAAUAGAGGCGAGAGAAUAUGAAGAUUUUGUGCAUGGACUUCUCGCUCAUGGGAAAGGUGUGGCGUUCCUGGUCGAGCCAGAGAAAGGGACACUGGACCCUUUUGAAACUGUGGUCAUUAACAUCACUGCUCACAGCGACAUGUGGGGCGAUUAUGAAGACCACCUCGUCUGUAAAGUUGGUGAUCUGAAUCCAACGCUUAUUCCGAUGAGAAUAUCUGUCAAAGGUUGCCCUAUAUACUUCCAGAUGAUUGGACCACAGGCCGAGAACCAGAACCAAGGACCAAUUAUACGAUUUGGCACUCAUAUUUCUGGAGGAGAUACAGUGUCACGGUCUCUCCGCUUGAAUAACACCAGCGCAUACGAUAUCCGUUUGGACUGGCUGACCUACAACAAGGACCCCGAAGACAAGAAGUUAAUAGACUUGGUUGUGGCAUACGGUGAACCUUUUCCUCUUAAGGACGUUGACGGUAACAAGGUUGUCGGAGGUCCAAACACCCACAUGGCUUUUUUGCCAAGGUCGGAUCAGAGCCAAACUCCCAGCACGGAAGGAAGCAGCUCCUCUCUCAGAAGCAUGUCGGAGAGUUCAUGUGAGGAAGAGGAGCGAGGAGUUUCUCCGGCUUCGUCGAGGAAACUGUUUUCUGUAUUUAUCCAGCCCCAUGAGGGAUAUGCUUCGGAUUACCCAUACUGCAUCACUCCACAGCAAAUAGUGGUCCCUGCAGGAGGUAGCAGCACCAUUCACGUGUCCUUUACACCUCUCACACUGUCUGAUCCAGGCGCCAGCCACACGUGUGUGGGAUAUGCUCUUGGCUUCAUGUCACUGGACUCGAAGGUGGCACAGAGUCUUGCAGGUAAAGUAUCCAGAGCUCACGGUUAUGAGCUGGAACCUCUGAGACUGGACAUGUUGGCGUAUGUUAAACCAGCCAUCCUGACAGUCCAGAUGGAGGAGGAUGAAGACGCUCUGGAGUUCAGUGCUGCUGCUAGUGAUUUACUUGAUGGACACACACUCAGAGAGGAGUGUGUGACAGUGCGCACGCUGCAACUCAUCAACAGCACUGACAUUCCACUGAGUUUCACACUCAGCACACAGUGGCCAUUUUCUGUCCUGCAGCACACACAGCGGGUCACCGCCAACUCUCCAUUAAACACACGCAGCCUUGUGGGACACACUGAGAGACAACACACACUGCUUCUGCCACCCAAACACAACAUGCAGGUGAAGGUGGCCUUCCACCUUUCAGCAUCCCUCCUGAGUCAGCCGGGUACAGAAGCCCCACCCACUGUGACACUGCUGUGUGGUGAUAGAGGAGAAAGGAGACUGAGAUUUCAGCAGAGUCUCAGUAUUCAGUACAGCAACAACUCUGUGCAGAGCGUACCUCUAGGUGCUCACCUGGCACUACCCACGCUGCACCUCUCCUCUGAUAGUGUCGACUUUGGCACCUGCUACGUGGGUCAGACCACAGAUAAAGAAGUGUACCUCUCUAACCGGGGUGGCUCCAGCAGUUUCUGGACUGUGCUGCUAGGUGUAGAUGCUAAAGAAGAGAGUAAUGUGUUCAGAGUCACUCCAGAACAUGGCCUGUUAGAUCCAGUGGAGUAUCCCAUCUCCUCCUCUAGACAAGUGCUAGAGAUCAGCUUCACACCGAGGGAUAAGGAUCUGUUCCAGACCACAGUCACAGUGCAAGGAAUUCUGGGAGAGCCCUGUCUUACUCUGCAGAUUCGGGGAAGAGGAUCUUUCGAUGAGAGAUACGCAACCCAAACCCCCGACACCUGAGAAAACAAACACUCUGAUAGUUUUAUCUCCAUUGUUAUUUAUUAGAAAAAUAUGCUACUUUUAAGAACAACUUCAACUGUAACAACUUCAAGAAUUUCUGUAAAAUAUCUUGGCCUGUAUCUUGGCCUGACAUACAGUAAGUGCUUUUGAAAACAGUACGUGGAAAAUCACACAGGCAAAACCUUAAAAAAUUCAAUCUGAAAGGUCAACAUUCAGGCUUAUUAUGAGCAAAGGAUACUUGUCUUGGUUACUCAGCCAAGUUUUUUUGCACUGGAGCUGACAGGAUGGGAUGAAGGGAGGGAGUAAUCGAUGGAGGGAUGGAUUUUAUUGAUCCUUAAGGGGUUAUUUGGGAUAUUUAGUUAGCAGAUGGAUUGUAUAGAUCCCUGAAGAACAAUUUCAGACAUAUUUACCAAGUAAAUGAAGUCUAUCUCACCAAAAAUCUUGCCCAAAUAUUUCUUUGCUUCGAAUGCAAUCCGGUCUCAUAGAAAAAAGUGUUUGUAUGUAACCGUCUAUUCGUUCAAUCGCAACGUUCUGGCGCAAGCCUACACUGCAUGAUCUCGUGAAAUAAGAUCUCUGAGAUCACAGACAGGUUUGUAGGUCAUGCGGUAAUGCAGUUUGGUAGAUAUAGAUUUGUUAAUUUUUUCAAGCUACAAUCUAGGAAAUUUGCUUCUGAAUGACUUCUACUGGUUGUUACACUAUAUUGCCAAAAGUUUUGGGACGUCUGCCUUUACAUGCACAUGAAUGCAAUAUGGAGUUGGCUCGCUCUUUGCAGCCAUAACAGCUUCUGGGAAGACUUUCCACAAGGUUUAGGAGUGGGUUUAUCUGAAUUUUUGACCAUUCCUCUAGAAGCGCAUUUGUUACGUCAGACACUGAUGUUUGAUGAGAAGGCCUGGCUCGCAGUCUCCGCUCUAAUUCAUCCCAAAGGUGUUCUAUCGGGUUGAGGUCAGGACUGUGAAGUUCCUCCACAUAAUACUCGCUCAACCAUGCCUUUGGACCAUGGACCUUGCUUUGUGCACUGGUGUGCAGUCAUGUUGGAACAGGAAGGGGUCAUCCCCAAACUGUUCCCCACAAAGUUUGGAGCAUGAAAUUGUCCAAAAUGUCUUGGUAUUAAGCUGAAGCAUUAAGAGUUCCUUUCACUGGAUCUAAGGGACCGAGCCCAACCCCUGAAUUCAAUGAUUUUGAGGGGUGUCCCAAAACUUUUGGCAAUAUAGUGGAUCUUCUUGUUUGUUGUCUUUUGAGCAUUUCAAAUUUUACUUACUUAUUUACUUACUUACCUAA